GAAACAUGGCGGCGGUGUACAAGUCGGUCUGUUCAAAAUGCUUUAAAAUUUCGGUGCUGGGUGACUUUUAGGCAUGUAGUGAUCUGUGAGAAUAACUAGUGAACAAAGUGAGCAACUGUUUUUUAAGUGAUACAUGCAAAUUAUUUAUUUAUUAUAGUUUAGUGGCUGCAGUAGGCUUAUUUUCGUUUGGGUGGAUAUCAUAAACAAUUGAGCAAAAUGGUUGUAAGCGAGGAAAGCAUAAACAACAUAAUGAGCGGGAUAGAAAACACAGGCGGUGUCAAACAGAAUAACCACAAAAAGAAAUUACGACAAAGAUUUACAAUAAUAAAGAAGUUAGGACAAGGAACAUUUGGAAAAGUACAAUUAGGUAUUAACAAAGAGACUGGGCAAGAGGUAGCUAUAAAAACGAUAAAAAAAUCAAAAAUUGAAACUGAAGCAGACUUGGUUAGAAUACAGAGGGAAAUACAGAUUAUGUCCAGUGUACAACAUCCCAAUAUUAUACACAUUUAUGAAGUAUUUGAAAACAAGGAAAAGAUGGUGCUAGUAAUGGAAUACGCCGCGGGCGGCGAAUUGUACGAUUAUUUAUCUGCGAGAAAAGUAUUAACAGAAGUUGAAGCGAGGCGAAUAUUUAGGCAAAUAGCCACCGCAUGUUUCUAUUGCCAUAAACACAAGAUUUGCCAUAGAGACUUAAAACUGGAGAACAUUUUGCUCGACGAAAAUAACAAUGCCAAGAUUGCCGACUUCGGCCUUUCAAAUGUUUUUGACGACCAACGACUGCUCAACACUUUCUGUGGUUCCCCAUUAUAUGCCUCCCCCGAAAUUGUCAAAGGAACUCCCUAUCAGGGUCCGGAAGUUGACUGCUGGUCCCUGGGGGUACUUCUUUACACCCUUGUUUAUGGGGCCAUGCCUUUUGAUGGCAGCAACUUUAAGAGACUUGUCAAACAAAUAUCCCAGGGCGAUUAUUUCGAACCUGAGAACCCAAGCCCCGCCUCACCUUUGAUCCGCGAGAUGCUCACCGUAAACCCAAAGAGCAGGGCCGACAUCGAAAAAAUCUGCUCUCAUUGGUGGGUAAACGAAACAUACGACAAUAGCUGUCUUGAAAUAUCUGAAGAACUAGCAAGCCAAACACCAGUGCGGCUUGACUUGCUGCUAAGUCUGGCACCGCCGCCUCCCCAGUUAGAAUCCGACAAGUUAGUGUGCGAGGAGGCGGUAAAAGAGGCCAGCACACCGGCCAGAUCUCACUCCGUUGGAAGCAUCAUGGAUUUGAAUCCUGCGGAAAGAAGGAUUAUCGAAAUGAUACAGGAGGAUAAGGCGACGCCGAAAAGAAAGCUAGCAACGGCGGCUAGCACGGCGCAAAUUGAUAAGGGUAGGAGGGAGAAGAUCGUGAAGGAAAAUACCGUGGCUGAUAUCACGUUGCAUGGUAUCAGGGAGGAUAGUAGUAUGAGUGAAGCGCCACCUAUUGACAGGAGUUUGACUCAGACUUUGUCGAGGGAAAUGGAUGUUGAACAAACUGAGGAGAUUAUUGAUCCUUCUUUGCAAGGUGCUGCCUGUGCUGAGAUUAUCGAAGAGGCUGAGAAGAAAGAGGUUAAAAAACCUUUGAAGAUUAAGAAGACCAUGUCAACUACUGUGAACGAUAAAAUUAUGGAGGAAGUAAUUGAAACGCCCCAAAAGAAGGAAAAUAAGGUAGUGGAUAAAGAAAAUGUCAAGGAAGAUGUGGAAGUUAAAGAAAAACCAGUUAGGGAGGAAGAGAAGGUCGAAGUAAAACCGACUAAAAGAAAAGUCGAGAAGAAAGUUCUGACUGAUAAAGAUGAAAAUUCGAAAUCGCAAACAAGCGAAUCUCAAAUCAGCGAGCCCAAGAAACCCGUAAAACCUAAAGAAAAACCCAGCAGUACUAGCGAAACCGAAUCAAAAUCUGAAGACACUCCUUCAAAACCCGUAGAACGUAGAAAAUCCAGGAUUUUCGAGGCAGCCGAGAAAUUCCAGAACUUGAUUUCGCCCACAGAAACAAAACCUAUCCCCAUAGAAAAACCCAAAAAAAUUCUCAUACCUGGUGUGAGCGUGGACGGUUUCAAAAAGGAGUACGAAAGAAGAACCAGUUUGACAUCAACGUCGCCGCCAAAAGUAAAAUCCGAAGCCCCCGUCAAAAAAAUAAUCGACGUAGAACCCAAACCGGAACCCAAAAAGCAGGAAGAACGCAAAGAAGCAGUGCGCAACGCUGUAAACAUCAUUUCCAGCGCUCUAGACAAAGAGGGAACGAGAAAAUCCAAGUCAAGGCCGUGCAUGAUGCGAAAACCGCCCGUACCUUUCGGCGUAAGCGGUAGAUCAGCAUCCGGCAACAUUGGAACCAUAACCUCACAAUUACAACAACCGCUCGGACCGAAACCGUUCGUGAAAACCGAACCGCGUAAAGUCCCGGAAACACCCGAGCCGCAAGAAGACAAAAAUCAAGUAUCCUCGGCGGAAAUAACGUUGAAGAGUGCAACGUUGCCAAGAAGAAAGACAGCUAAAGCCGAGAUUAAGUUGAAUUAUCCCACACCAAAACCGGCAACUAUGGAGUUUAAGACUGAGAUGGCGCACAACGUGGCAGCCGCGCCUAGGCGUAGCGAGAUGGUGUCGCCCCCUCUGGUUGGAUUCAGGGCGGAUUCUGAGGCUAGGCAGAGUAAGGAGAGGAUUAUUCCGAUUGCGUUUGAGAAAAAUGCGGAAAAAGAGGCCGUUCAGUCGCCGCCGACCAAACCGCCCACUUCAAGGCUGUUCCAAACACAGAAAUCUACCCAAUCACAAAGAUCCGGCAGCUUGUCGCGCCAAUCGACGCAAGAUUCAGACACUGACACGAUCGCAUCCAAUGGCGAACCAAUCAAAAAGAGCCCCAGGGAGUACAUAAUACCGAUUGCGGUCGAAGGUGGCGGUUACGUCACGCCGCGCGCCGGAAGUCUGGAACCCAGUGAAACCGGAAGCACCGCUACAAGCAAAAGCCGCUUCGGAAGAACCGCAAAGCGACUGAACUCAAGAUUGAGUGAUCGGGACUCUGAAGAUGAGUCGCCUUUUACAAAUUUACACCGUCACAGUUCCUUUGGAAAAGACAGUGAUAAUGAAGAUUCUAGAAGUGCUUUCCAUAUGCACAGAUUAAGGAGCUCCAGGCCUAAGAAAUCCACCCUUGAACACAACGACUCCCUCAGUUCUGGUGAAGAAGAUGAUGAUGAAGGUUUCGAAAACUUUACAGCGGAAAAUUUGUUCUCUACACUUUUGUCUAGGGUCCGUGAUUUGACCCAAAGACUAAACGUUGAAGAUGGCUCCAGGCCAGGUUUCCCCACAAGCAGACUGCUCAGCCAAUUCAACCACGGCACGAAUUUCUUCAACAGACAAGAUCCAUUUACAAGGCAUUCUUCGUUUAACCGCACUCUAAGUCGCGAGGGAAGCGGUGCCGAUAAUAACUCGACGUCGUCUUUCACUAGUCCCUGGCGUCGCAGCGUGAGCCGAGACCUGGCGUCGGACAUCGACAGCGUCAUCGGCGACUCGAACGCCAGCGUCGGCUCUUUGGCGCGGCCACGAGGAGAUGCCACUAUGAAGAAUGAAAACCUUAAUUUAUCAGACCUUGAUUUAAAAAAGCUUAAGUUAUCCGAAGAAGAUGCGUUGGCUCUUUCCUAUCUAACCCCUGGUUUAUCAAAACGCAUUCAGAAGCAGCUUCUCGCUCAGUUGGCGCCUUCAGAAGCGAAAAAAUUGCAUAGGACUUUAUCGUCCCGCGGACCCAAUGAUAAUAACAACCCCUACGAAAAUGUUAGAGACUCUCAGAGGUUCAUAAGAAGAUCUUCUGCUGAUAGACUAUCUUCCACUCUUCCCAGAAGAUAUUCCGUCGAUAAAGACAUGAAAAACGGCAGUUUGGCCGAGAUACACGAAAAACCAGAUGAAAUUCCCGAUUCAUCAUCCAGUAGAAGCAGAUCUUUCCUUCCAAUUAAGUCAUUCUAUAGAGAUCGCACUCCUUACCAUGAUUUCAACGUAAGAUCGUCCAGUAUCGGUGCUGAACCGAAAGGCGAUUCAAAAUUCAUGUACCGCAAACCCACUUACGUCAGGUCGACCUCAGUAAACCCCAGAUUUUCUUACGGGUACAAACCGGAAACCCCAGAUUCGAGUAUAUCGGAAAGCGUGGAAUCCUCAUCCUACAAAAACACUGACAGCAUAAGCGAAUUAAGUUCGGCACCGUCUAAAUCCUACUCGAGAUAUUCGGAACCGUAUUUCAACACUGCAAAGACUGAAAUUAAAAAACCGUCCACUAGAAAGGUAUCGAGGUUUUUGCGGCCUGAUUUCUACGAUACACAAAGUCAAACUCAAAACAACGAAAACUUUACCAUAAAAGCCAAGAGCGAAAAAGAACUGGAAACGCAGAAAGUACUAAAGGAGAUACGGGAUAAACGUAAGAGCAGACUUACCGCACGCAGGGAAAGAUCUCAGUCAAAGGAGAAGGAAGACAUCCAUGCGGAAGUUAAUAAAUUUUUAGAAGCCAAGAACGAGAUCAAAGAAACGAAAGAAUUAUUGAACAAUGUGUCGGAUAAUAUUAAAAACUUGGAAAGUACAGUGAAUAAUAAUAUUAAUGGUGAUAUUGCUCAUAUUUACAACAAUUUACCAGCCCCUAAUAAUAUUAACGUGAAUGGUAUUAACCACGAUUACGUUAACAUGACUACUACUACUCCUACUACUAACACUAAUAACAAUGAUAUUGUUAAUGCCGCUGAAAAUACGGAAGCUCAACCUAUACACGAUUAUGUAAACGUAAAAGCUCCAGAAGUGGUAAAAAAAGAAACUAAAUCUAAAAUAGCCCGCCCCAAAAGCUACCCAGCUGAAAAAGAUAAGGAAAUAACGCCAGAGAAAGAAUCUAAAAUAAGUCGACUCAAAAAAGGCCUAACGCGACAGUCGUCAAAAGAAAAGGAACUCAAAGAAGAUAACAAAAAACCUAAAGAUGAAGAAAAGGGUAGCAAAAACAAACUACUUCAAUCCAUAGAGAAAAAGCUGGAGAAAUUCCGCAGCAGUAACAUUGCAGCAACCAAAGAUCCUGAAGAAGUAAAAGUGCUGCAAGAGAAAAAGUCUAGCGUCGAAAGCGCUAUAAAAAGAUUGAGAGAACAAAGUCUGCCCAGAAAUAUCGAACACUGCACUGAGUCCGGUUUAAUAAAACGUGCUGUAUCAGUGGAGGAAAUGCCUAAUAACAAUAAUAAACCAUUACAAGCGUCCAGAAAGUCUGUUACGAAAAUUCUAGGACUGUUUAAGAAGUAUGAAGAGCAAGAUAGUAAAAAGAAAGUUGUCAAAAAGGAGAAGGAGAAAUCGAAAAAAGUAGAGAGUAACGAGGAUCGGACUGUGAUUAAUAAUAAUAGUAAUAAUGAUGUAGUCAAUUUAAACGCGAGUGAAAGCAAUAAUAAUACGAAUUCUAGUCAAUCAGAGAACAGCGUCAAUAAUAACACGGAGAAGAAAGAACGUCCUAGGUCGCUAAUGUUUGAUAGAGUGAGACACUACAACGGUUCAAGAUCGGAUAGUGUAAAUCUGAACGAUAAAGAUGUUAAAGGAAAAUCAAAAUUACCAGUAAACAAUAUUAACAGACGUAGUUUGAAUCUUGAUAACCUCCCAGAACCUCCAAAGUUCUAUAAAAACCCCACAGAAUACAAACCAGAUAGAAACAAAUUACGUCUGGAUUUAUCUAGCAAAUCUGCAGCUGCUUUGGAGUCGUACCCGAGUACAAGUAGCACUGAAACUUACAGGGACAGUUCGGCAUUUUUAUCGCCUAAUGACGACGCUAGCGAUUCUUGGUCUGUAUGUUCCGAUUACCAUCCCCCAGAUUUUCAUUCGCCUCUAUCACCAAACGGUCACAUGUACUCAGGGGAUGAAAACGAAUCUGUCAUUGAUAGAAUCCGCAGGAAAAGUUUCUACACGCGUUUUAACGAGAACAAGCGCAUACGCAAACCCAGCCUAACCAGAAACUACAACGAUUUGGAUCUAAACCUAAAAUCCCCUACAGACUACAGUUCACUUGAUCGCAGAUCCCUGCGGAACCCCGUGACCAGGAGGUCGACUUCCUACGUUUCGUCGCUGCAACCACCACAGAUGACCUAUCAGAGGAGCUCGUCCUUGUUGAAUGAUUAUGUUAACGUUCCGAAUCGGUAUCAGACCUACAACUCGAAAAUCGCUAGGCCUGCUACGGCUUUGUACGCCGACCAAGACGACUCAACAUUGGAUGAUUAUUUGACAACUGCUAAAUCCAGAAAAUUCAGUUCCCCCCUUCAGCCAUCCAGAUUAAGUAGAACAUCAGUUUCUCCCAGCCAACGUUACACAACCCCUGUAGAUCGAAACCGUUCUUCCAUGACGUCACCAAACAAAUCGGACUUAGUUUAAUAUUGUCAACACUGUACAAAUACUCCCCCAUACCUGACCCUACCUAUUUACUUCUUAUCCUAGUGGUUCAAAAUAAUUUUGGAUUUUUUCUCUCAUUUUGUAUACCCCCAUGUCUUUUGAAUUAAGGUUUUACAAAGCUUUAUAUUAAUUUAUUGUAUUUACCUUUUUAGAGGUAGUUCUUUUAGAUUUGUUUUUAGGACCAAAUGGUUCUAUGAACGAUAUUAUGUAGAGAUAUGUAUUAUUUGUAUGUAAAUGUUGUUUGCUUUUUUUAAUUAUUUAUUUCGAUUUUUUUCAGUUUUUGUUUGACGAGU